GCAUCAACGACGUCGGCGCCACCGAGCUAAUCUUAGUGCGUCCUAGCUCCUGUCGCGACGCGUCGCGACGUUUUUGAUGGGGCGGUGCUUCCCCGCGGGAGGGGGUUGGCGAUCCGUUCAUGUUAAGUUGCGAUUUAUGAAUUGUGAAUUGUGGAUUUGCGAAUAUGAUGUGUGGCGCUGAGGGUGUGACAUGGUGAUGGUGUCCUUGACGUCUGCCGUCGGGGAAGGUGGCGAAUAUGGCGCCAUAGUUGGGCGCUGAUGUGCAUCCGAUGUAAGUUGGUGCACGGGCGCGCUCGGUCCAUGCGCGGAUCCGAAUCUGGCGAUAUAACGCGCUUGCGCUGCACGUCCGAUGUGGCCAGAGUCAGGAUCAGGAUCAGGCGCGCGGUAGUGGUGGUUGCUUAUUCCAUGCCAUGCGCGCAUUGCAUGGCAUAUGUGGCAGUGGAUGUGGAUGACGCACCGGUCCCACCACGUUGCAGCACUACUAGCCGGUCAGACACAGUCGUCUGCUGGAGCAUCAGUUCGCACACAAUAUGCAUCAUAGGGAAGACGGAAGACACAGAUACAUACAUGUUACGUGUCGCGUCAUCUUCACGGUCCUGGGGGACGGGUAGGGUGGCGUCACCGAGGGCACCGCAGUGCAGCAGCAUGAGGCAACAGCGACUCCGCGAAGGCUACAGCUGGAAUGGACGUAGCGAUUACUGUACCCUGAAAUGCGUCCACCCGAUGGAACGUUUGCGGCAAAUCACAAUAUGCAUAUAUUUAGCGGACAGUCAUGCGCCGCAUACGCCGCGUACGAGACGCACAAUCCACGCACAUAUCAACGAAAAAUAACGCAUCAUCGCACGAUGCGCCCCGAGCAGCGACGGCGGCCGCCGCACCCGCACACGCGCAUGGAGUGGAAGUCACAUGAGUCACACCUUCCCACGGAAUCCCCGACUCUCCUUUCCGAGCGAUCAGCUGCCGCCGCCAUGUCCAACCCAAACCCAUGAUCGCUCCGACCGACUAGACCCAAAAGGGCUAGUGAGCAAGAACCUGACCACAUGGCUUGCAAGCCUCCUCUCCCCGCCCCGCCCCGCCCCGACCUACGCAUCCUCUUCCUCUGCACCCCUUUCG